AUGGCCGACACCAACCCAGCGUCGCCCAGUGGCGCCACGUCCUACGAGACUUUAACCAGCGGCAAGGCCAAACCCACGGACCUCGCUCUACCCGUGGACACCUUGACUGCGACCAAGAACCCGUGCACUCUGAGCUGGAAGAACCUCUCGUACACUGUCGAGACCAAGAAGACGGAGCGAUGUCCCACCGGCAAGAAGACCAUCCUCUCCAACGUCAGUGGCCGUUGUGCCCCCGGUGAACUCACCGCCGUCAUGGGGCCCUCGGGCUGUGGCAAGACCACGUUACUCGACAUCCUAGCCGACAGGAUCAGCUCGGGCACUAUCGAAGGAAACAUCUCGCUCAACGGGGAGGCCCGCAACGCGAAAACCUUCCGCGCAGUGUCGAGCUACGUGGCCCAAGAGGACUCCCUACUGGGCUCGUUCACUGUGCUGGAGACGCUGGAGAUGGCGGCGAGACUCAGUCUCCCGAACGCCGUCACCCACCACGAAAUCGUUGAGAGGGUGCAGACUGUGAUCGACGAGAUGGGACUGCGAGUGUGUGAGCACACGUUGAUCGGCGACAUCUUCCGCAAGGGCAUCUCUGGUGGUCAGAAGAGAAGAGUCAGUAUCGCCAUUGAGCUGCUGUCAGAGCCGUCCGUGUUGCUACUGGAUGAGCCGACGUCGGGGCUUGACUCGGCCUCCACUUACAACGUCAUGCAGUUCGUGUCGAAGCUCUGCAAGGAGAACAAGACAGUCAUCUGCACCAUCCACCAGCCUUCGUCGCUGGUCUACGAGAUGUUCACGAACGUCGUGAUCCUCACGGCCGGUGAGACGGUCUACUUCGGCCCUCGAGAGCAGAUUCUCGACCACUUCACCGCCUCUGGUUACUCGUGCCCCAUGUACAUGAACCCGGCCGAGUACUUCAUCAGUCUGGUCAACUCGGACUUCGAGGGCCACGCGGACAUCAAGAAACUCGUCAACAGCUUCAGCAGCAGCUCAAUCGCUCAAAGUAUCGUGCAGAAGAUCGACGAGGACGCUGCCGGUGUUCACAACGCAGCGCCGGUUAUCCCCGUGAAACCCUCAGCCCUCCGCCAGUUCGUCGUGCUCAUGCAGCGCAACUCGCUAAACAACGUCCGCAACCCGGGUAUCUACUGGGUGAGACUCGCCAUGUACACGAUGCUGUCCUUCAUGGUGGGCACCAUGUACCUCUCCACCAACGACGACAUCUCCGAGGAGGACAUGAUCCCGCUGCUAUUCUACGUGCAGGCGUUCCUGGUCUUCAUGUCGGUGGCUGUUCUACCUUUCUUCAUCGAGCAGCGCGCGGUAUUCAUGCGGGAACGCGCCAACAGCGGCCUCAACGUGUUCAGCUACGUGGUCGCCAACUUCAUCGCCACUCUACCGGGUAUCUUCCUGAUCGCAGCGGUCUCGACGUUCCUGGUCGUGCUGCUCUCGGGUCUCCACGGCUUCUGGUACUUCCUGCUCAACCUGUUCCUGGCGCUGGUGGUGGCUGAGUCGUUGAUGCACGUCAUUGGUGCCGCCGUGCCGCACUACAUCAUCGGCAUCGCUCUGGGCGCUGGCAUCUACGGCAUGUUCAUGCUGUGCGAGGGCUUUAUGGUGCCCAAGUCGACGAUCCCGGACUACUGGAUCUGGGCCUACUACCUGGCUUUCCACUCGUACUCGUUCAAGUCGUUCGUGUUCGAGCACUUCAACCAGGUGGACACCCCCACGGCCAAGGCCAUCCUGCAGCGGCUGGACAUGGAGGACGUCGACACGCCGCAGAACAUGAUCAUCCUGGCUUGCUAUGCCAUCGGACUCGAGCUCAUCUUCACCUUCAUCCUCUACAAGUUCCACACCGGCCGUAGGUAA